UGCUGUACAUAAACUCUUUCGAAGCGGCGCCACUAGUCAGCGCAGCCAACUAGUAUUAGUUCGACGUCGGGACGAAAUGGUUGUAUGUCAGCUACGAUAAAGUUGCACGCUGAAUACGUACUUUUUAAUAUUUUCGAAUUUGCAUAAUAUUUAUCACAAGACUUGCUUUGAAGUAGUUUAGGAACCUUUUGAAUUUGUAUUUAUCCCAAGAUUGUUUUCUGCGUAAUUUAGGAACGUAGUUUAAAAUGAACGGUUUGAUUGCAGGUGUUCUUUUUUUGAAUGUGUUAUUUUAAAAGUGAAUUUUAGAGGGAGAUUUUUUUUUAUAGAAGACAAAGAUUUAAAAAUGGAAGUGAAAACGACCAGCACGUCUAAAAUUGCCGCUUCAGUGCUAAUAAUUAUAAACGGUGUUACUUUGAUAUGCUGCUCUGCUCUGUUCGCGUUUAGUCUAUGGAUGAUAGCGUCUCCGAGCACCCUGUCCAAUGCUGUGCAGAGUGCAGGCACGCCGGCCAUAAAGACAUUGUUGGGGCCUGAAGCGCUGACUGUGCAGGUGGGGGUGGCAACGGCCGCGGUGGCCGGCUUCGUAUUCUGUAUCUCACUCAUGGGGUUGUACGGUGCCGUGAGUCGCUCACAGUUCUUACUGUUUAUGUAUUCAACUUUAAUGCUGCUCUUACUGCUAUUGGAGUGUGCCCUAUUCUACUAUUUUUCAUCUACUUUGACCGAGAAAGGUCUCCUAGAGCAAGACGGACAAUGGACGCACGCUCUCCGAUUGGUUUUCGCCUGCUGUGAUAGUGACGUCACAGUGAAGGCAGAAAGGAAGCCGCCAUGGUCCUGCUGUGGCCCGGCUGGGUACCCUGACAACUGUACCUCCAGCCAGCUGUAUGAGAAGGAUUGUCGGCAAACGAUAACAGCGUGGUUACACCGGUACCAAACUGCGAUCUACGCUUCCCUGGCGGUGCUGCACAUUAUAUUGUCGUCCUGCUCUCUCGUGCGCCGACGUCGCAGUGCGUCCCUCUCGCACAGAUAGCGAUCACCGCGCCGUGCAAACGGCGCACCAACACCUAAACCGAGGAAACGUUCGUGGCACGUGUCCCGGGUGUCCCCGGGGGACAGCUCAGAUGAUGUGCUCAUGUUGGUACUGGGACGCGGCAGAAUCGGCUGGGUCGACAAACCGUAGUAGUGACGAAGUUCACAUCGAAUCCACAACGUUAAUAAAUGUCCCGAUUGUCCCAGAAUGUAAUUUAUUAGAAAAAUAUUAAUAAAUAAGAAACUUUAUAAAAAUAUUUGGAAAUAAAAUUAAAUAAAUAAGGUCACAAAAUAUUUGCACUAUGUGUCCCGGGUGUCUCCAGGGAAACCUCAGAUGAUAAGAGUGAUUGCAAUUCUACAGCGUUAACAAAUGUCCCAACUGUCCCAGAAUGCUUCAAUGAAUAUUUAAAUAUUUAAUACUCAAAAUUAUUAAAUAUGCUCACGAGAAUGUUUGUAACAUGUGUCCCAGGUGGCCCCAUGGAAUAGAUCAAAUUAUGUGCUCAUUUUGGUAUCAGAAUGUUGUAGGAUCGGUUGGAUUGACAAACCGUAAAGAUGAUAACAAUGACAGUAAUUCUGUAGCGUUCAAUGCAUGUCCCAGUUGUCCCACAAAUUAUAAUACUACUAAAAAUGUGAAAGUUCAUAAAGAUGCUUGGUUAUUUGUUAUACAAAAUAAUUAAAUAUGGUCAUAAUAACGUUUAUGAUAUGUGUCCUAGGUGUCCCCGUGGGACAGAUCUAAUGAUGUGCUCAAGUUGGUAUUGCGUCGUGGUAGGAUGAAUGAAUCGACAAACGAAAGUAAUUGCAAAUAACGCUUAAUAAUUAGAUGAAGUGUCCCAUUUGUCCCACUCUUGACUAAUAAAUGUGAAAGUUUAUAAAGAUAUUUGGAUAUUUCUUAUUCAAAAUAUAUAAAUAUGCCCAUGAUGUCCCAGGUGUCCCCACGGGACAGCUCAGGUCUUGUGCUCAAGUUUGGUGUUAGAAUACAGCAGCAAUGAUGAUGGGACAGUAAUUGCACAGUUUUAAAUGGAUGUCCCAAUUGUCCCACAAUGUAAAUAAUUCUGUAACUACAAUCCUACUAAUAAAUGUGACAAUUUAUAAA